AUGUUAUAUCACGACUUAAAUGGGAAUUCAGUAUCAUUGAAUGAUCUCCUCGUCGUCGGCAAUCUAUUGCUCAGUUCUGGACCGUCAUGUGCCGUAUCGACGCUCAUCCCAGGCAUUCCCAAUCAAACCGUUCACACAAUGAAAGGCACGUGUUAUUCGAGUCUAAUCUGUCGACAACAGGGAGGGGUUCCCAUUGGCAGAUGUGGUGUCAGUAAUGUUUGCUGUGUUUUCCCCCGUAGUUGUGGCGGAAUCGCUGCUCAAAACUCCACAUAUUUCACAAAUCCAGGCUUUCCUUCAGCUUAUAAUAACACAAAUACCUGU